GAUGCGUUCCCUCUUAGUUCUCCCAAGCCAUGGCACUUCCCAGCAAAUUCCUGUUUGGAUUUUGCUGUUUUGCCUGGCUGUGUUUUCUUCCUAGCCUCAGCUCUCAGGCUUCUAGGGGAGAAGCCCAGACUGGAGCCAGUGCAGCUUUGGAGUCUGAGGCAGAUCCUUGGUCCUUGCUGUUGCCUGGAGAUGGGACCGACAGGGCAGACCUCUUGCCUCCCCUCUUUAAGGUCCUGUCUGAUAGGCGAGGUGAGACCCCUAAGCUGCAGCCCGACUCCAGAGCACUCUACUACAUGAAAAAGCUCUAUAAGACGUAUGCUACCAAAGAAGGGGUUCCUAAACCCAGCAGAAGUCACCUCUACAACACUGUUCGGCUCUUCAGCCCCUGUGCCAACCACAAGCAGGCUCCUGGCAACCAGGUGACAGGACCCCUGCCGAUGGUGGACCUGCUGUUUAACCUGGACCGGGUGACUGCCAUGGAACACUUACUCAAGUCAGUCCUGCUGUACACUCUGAACAACUCGGCUGCCUCCUCCUCCACCGUGACCUGUGUGUGGGACCUUGUGGUAAAGGAGCCCACGUCUUCCGGCAAGGCUCCCCCAAGAGUGCCAUACUCCUUUACCUUGAAGAAACACAGAUGGAUUGAGAUGGAUGUGACUUCCCUCCUUCAGCCUCUGGUGGCCUCCAGCGAGAGAAGCAUUCACAUAUCUGUCAAUUUUACAUGCACAAAAGGCCAGGCCCCGGGGGACAGUGUGUUUAACAUGCCUCUGUCAGUGCCUCCCUCGCUCAUCUUAUACCUCAACGACACCAGCGCUCAGGCCUACCAUUCAUGGUAUUCCCUCCACUCCACCUGGAGGCCUUCACAGCAGCAUCCUGGCCAGGGCAACGUGGCUGCCUAUCCGGGGAAAGAAGAGGCUGCCGAGGUCGAGAGAUCUGCUCGGCACCGUCGAGGGCAGAAAGCCCUCAGUUUAGAAACCAAGAAGCCACAUCUUACGGCAUCCUUCAAUCUCAGCGAGUACUUCAAACAGUUUCUUUUCCCCGAAAAUGAGUGUGAACUCCACGACUUCAGACUGAGUUUUAGUCAGCUCAGGUGGGACAACUGGAUCGUGGCUCCACACAGAUACAACCCUAGGUACUGCAAAGGGGACUGUCCCAGAGCGGUCAGGCAUCGGUACGGCUCUCCUGUCCACACCCUGGUCCAGAAUAUCAUCUAUGAGAAGCUGGACCCCUCAGUGCCAAGGCCUUCGUGUGUGCCUGGCAAAUACAGCCCCUUGAGUGUGUUGACCAUUGAACCCGACGGCUCCAUUGCUUACAAAGAGUACGAAGAUAUGAUAGCUACGAGGUGUACCUGUCGUUAGCACGGGCCCUCUACACCAGCACCUCGAACCUGUCUGGCAGGGCCAACCCUGUGGGCUUUAGCAUGCCUGGGCAGAGCGCUUCAUGUGACCAGCAAUCGCUCCAUGUCACUUGGUGCACAUUGUGUGAGGGGGGAGUGUGUGGGGGAUGAGCAUGUUGUGUGUUUCAUUUCUGGGUAUAAAGGACACACACUGGUUGUUGCCACAAACCAAAUGAAAUGUUUGUUUGGAGACCUCCCUUUUUCUUCUCUUCCCAUGAGUGUUUUUGAUGAACAAACUGAUUAGCAUUAAGUCUUGAGUGGAAUUGCAGUUGUGAACACUUUAGAGUGUGUGGUUUUAUGUGACAGAAGACUGAA